AAAACAAGAGAAGCCGCAAUUUGAGUCCAUGCGUCUGCGAAAACUCAAAACCUCAGAAUCUCCGAAUAGUCCAUCCAUUUCUGCCGCUCGACGGCCAUCCCACUGAAAUAUCUUAAAUGGGGAAUGGGUUCUCUUCCAGAUGAAAUGGGUUCUUGUUAAAACUCAUAACCCUCAUAAACUCUCCCAAUUCAAUUCCUCAUCGUGAGUGACUGAAUCCCUGCUUCCUUGCCGCCGCUUCUUCUUUCUACCAUUGGGAGACACCAAAUAUGUCUUCAACUAAAAUUGGGCCAUCCAUUUCUUGCAUCGCUACUUCCCUCUCUUCCCCAUCCAAACAGUGGAGAACUUCCCAGGUGAGCUUAUCCAGGGGAUUAUUUACCAGAGACCUUCUUGUUGCAAAACAUCUGAGAGCUGUUAAAGGACAGUCGAACAAGUUUAUAAAUGGGCAGUUGAAGAUGAGAAGGUCAGUUUCAAUUAGGCUUUGCAUAUCUGAGGUGUCUGAAGGUCAGGUGGUAGAUGACGAGCUCAUAGCAGAAGAACCGGUGAUCGAAAGUGUCGCUUCUAUCUCCAAGGAUUCAUAUUAUGUAGAUGAUCCACUUGUCCCUUCUGAAUCCAACGGUGGAAAACCCGGUUCAGUUUCAUUCUACAAUCGGUCUUAUAAGGGUGAUUAUCUUUUGCCUAGCCAAGCAAAGAAUGGGAACAGUCUAUUGUGGUUCAUCAGUCCGGCUAUCCUUGUUGCCUCUUUCAUUUUCCCAUCUCUUUAUCUCCGUAGAAUACUCUCUGCUGUAUUUGAGGAUUCUCUAUUGACGGAUUUCCUUAUAUUGUUUUUCACAGAGGCUCUCUUUUAUUGCGGGGUUGCUGUUUUUGUUUUUCUAAUACACCAUUUGAGGAGACCUCUUGGAGCCGUUUCUGCAGUUUAUGACAGAAAUAUGAGCCCUAAGUUGUGGCAUCGGAUCUCUUCUGUGGCAGUUUUGGUACUCAGUCUCAUUAUUCCAAUGGUGACGAUGGGCCUUGUUUGGCCUUGGACUGGUCCAGCAGCUUCUGCCACUCUUGCUCCAUAUCUUGUUGGUAUAGUGGUGCAGUUUGCGUUUGAACAAUACGCAAGAUAUACAAAAUCGCCUUCCUGGCCCGUUAUUCCCAUUAUUUUUCAAGUUUAUAGACUGCAUCAACUAAAUAGAGCAGCUCAACUGGUGACGGCUCUCUCCUUCACUGUAAGAGGAGCUGAGAUGUCGUCGCACAAUGCAGCGAUAAGCAGUUCUCUUGGCACCCUUCUCAGUGUUCUUCAAUUGUUAGGUGUCAUUUGCAUUUGGUCUCUCUCGAGCUUCCUCAUGAGGUUUUACCCUUCGCCUGUUGUAGCCGAGGAGUAAACGCGAAGCCAAUCACAGAAACAGACAUCAGGCAGUGCCUCAUCAGUUGAUUUGGAAGUUAGUUGAAUCUUUUUUAAGUUAUUGAUUGAUGGAAGGGCACAAAAUCCAUGAAUUAUUUACAAGUAAUUAUAAGUUUUGAUGUAGUAUUUUUUAUACCAGAAGUUGAUUUUUACAAGUUUUAAGUUCAUAAUCUAUUCCAAACUGACCUAAUUGUUUCAUUGGCAAUGAAUAUGUACUUGGUAUUUAAUGAGAAUUGUGAAAUGUUAUUAACCCAA